GGAGAUUGAAGAGCGACUAGUGUACUGUGUAGUCACUGUACAUUCAUGACUUCAGAUUUUUUCAGGAACACAUGCCCUCUGUGCGCGCAAAGCAAAAAUGUGACGGCCCUGAUUUUUCCUCCCUGAAUCUGUCAAAUUUCAACGUCUACCGGUUUCGACUUUUUCGGUUCGGCAACGCUGUCGAUCGUGUCCGUCGUGUUGACGUGGUGUUGAAAAUUACAAGUUGACAUGACGAGAUUAUUUUGGGAAUAGCUGUUUUUUAGAUUGAAUGAAAUUUCUGUAUUUUUGAAUCGAUUGACAUUCCAAAAUGGGAGAAAAACAGAGGCCAACAUAUAGUCACUACGCAGAAUUGAACCGUUGCAGUCAAAAUGGAGAAUACGAAAGAGCGUUGAAAGUAGCCAACAAAAUUUUAGGUGUUUCUCCCGAUGAGAUUUUGGCCUUACACUGUAAACUUAUUUGUUUGAUACAACUAUCCAAGUUUGAUGAAGCUAUUGCUCUAAUCAAUAGAAACCCACACUAUUUAAAGGAUAUUCUGUUUGAGAAAGCAUACUGUUAUUAUCGAGCAAACAAACCAGCUGAUGCAUUGAAGAUCUUAAAUAAAAGUGAAGAUGAGCUAGAUUUGCGGUGUAAAGAACUAAAGGCACAAAUAUUGUACAGGCUAGAAAAGUAUGAUGAGGCUGCCAAAAUGUAUCAUGAGAAUAUCAAAAGUACUAAUGAUGAUUAUGAAGAAGAAAGGUAUACAAAUUUGAGUGCUGUGAUGGUGUUUCUAAACAGAAAUGAUACAGAGAACCAAAUUGAUUAUCUUAAAGAUAACACAUAUGAACUAUGCUACAACAAGGCAUGCAUUCUUAUUGCUCAUGAGAAUUAUACUGAGGCCGAGAAAAAGCUUAAACAGUGUGAGAAGCUGUGUAGAGAAGCUUUAGAGGAAGAUGAAGCUGCAGAGGAAGAAAUUGAUAUAGAAUUGGCUUUGAUAAAGGUUCAGCUGGCUUAUGUAUACCAAAAGCAAGGUAGGAUUAGAGAAGCUCAUCAGAUAUACACUGCUACUUUGAAGUUGAAAAUUGAGGAUAUGGCGCUAAUUGCUGCAGCGAGCAAUAAUGUUGUUUGUAUCAAUAAAGAUCAAAACUUGUUUGACUCAAAGAAGAAAAUGAAAGCUGCCAUGAACGAAGCAUUAGUUUACAAGCUUCCCUCAAGACAAAGGAAAUACAUAGCACUAAAUAAUGCAAUCUUAAAUUACUAUGUUAAUCAAACAGAAAUCUGUGAGAAAAUUUGUAAGAAUAUUGAAGAUACUUAUCCAGAUUUGAUGAUUCAGAUCCUCAUUUUGAGAGCACUGAAUCUUAUCAAAGCUGACAAAGUCAAAGAAGCUAUUGAACUCCUUAAGAACACAGAAAGGGAGGAUAAUAGGUUGUAUUUGCACUUAUGCAUUGCACAAAUACACCUGAUGCAGGGAGAAAGGAAAGAAGCAUGUAAGGUGUUGGAAAAUCUGGGAGAGCAUACCUACAAACCAGGAAUAGUUGGAGCCUUAACAACACUUUACCUUGGCCUAGGAGAUGAACAAAUGGCAUUAAAGGUCUUUGAACGAACUGUUGAAUAUUACAAGAGAAAUGAGCACGAAAUCAUAGCUGCCAUUCGUUCGCGUCUGACGUCACACUUCUCUAGUGCCCAGCUUCUCGUCGCGUAGGUGUUCGACAGCGUUUAAUCAUUAGUCUAUAGACAAUUCAUAAGGCACGCCUGUACGCUCGGACACGUGGUUUCCAGUUGAUAACUACAUAUUGAGUACUGCGUAAGUUCAUACCAUUAUGGACGCCGCAUGUGAAGGUACGUAGAAAAAAGGGGGUUGUAAUAAUUGUUGUGCUCGUACAUUUUGGAACGGUACAGUAGUUAUAACAACCUUUUUUUGUUAUUUCCCUCAUAACCGAUCGUAUAUGCAGUCAUCUAAUUAAAAAAAAUGGGGCAGAAGACGUUUAGGCUACCAUGUGUCCCGUUGUAUGUGUGCCUAUGCAUGUGUUUAGGAGAUUGAGUCGGCUCGAGCCCAGGAAUCAGCCGCGGGCGUUGCAACUGGAUACUGAAGUCACACGUAACGUACAGGCGGAAUAACAAUAUUCUCCCGGGGCGCAACUUUGAUGGGCUGUAACUUUUUUGUUUUUAAAGAUAAAUUAAUAUUUUUUCACCAUCUUGUUUCAUUUUUUCUAAACUUUCAUUUGAGCUAAUAACAAAAAAAUGGUGCUUGUUAAUAUAUGUAUAUCUCGAAAUGUCUCAGCUUCCAAAUAAUGUAUUUGGAUAGUUCAUCAAACAUGAAGAUGUCUUUACUCUCCAUGCGCAUGUACACUAUAUGGAAACCAUUUUAAGAAUUUGGAACAAGUAUAUGAAUUCUUUCUGUAAUAGAUAACCAAAGCUGGUCUGUCUUCUCUAUGGAGACAAGCGGCAGAAUUCCACAUUAAGAAAGGGCUACCUCAGGUAGCAGCCAAUAGUUUGGAAGAGCUACUAAAAACUAAUGGGGAUGAUAAGAAGCUUAUUGCUCAACUGGUCUUAGCUUGUUCUCAAUUCGAUGUUGCUCGUGCGUUGGAGCUAAGCAAACGGCUGCCUGAUGUAAAAGAUAUAGCAAAAGAUGUGGAUAUAGAAAAUCUAUUGGUGUCAACGCUCGCUGCCCCAAUAUACACCAAGAAAAGUCCAGCUAUCAAGCAAGAUUCAUUGCCAAGUACUCCCAGAGAAGACAUCAAACAGAAGAAAACUGAUAAGCAUAAAAAACGGAAGGGUAAAUUACCUAAAAACUAUGAUCCCAGCGUGACCCCAGAUCCGGAACGGUGGUUGGCUAGAUACGAGAGAACCGGCUAUAGGAAGAAAAAGGACAGAAGGGCCAAAGAAGUCAUCAAGGGAUCACAAGGGACAGCUUCUGCACAAGCUGAGCAAUUCGACUUCUCAAAAUUCGUAGAAGAGAAUCCGUCUACCAAUGCGGCCGCUGAGACUACACCAAAGCCUUCAAAGACCCAGCUGCCACAACAAAAAAAGGGACAGAAAAAAGGAAAAAGCAAGCGCCGUUAAUGGUUUCAAAAAACUUCGUUUUCAUUGUUAAUUCAAACCCUUUAUAAUAAAUGUAUAUUCGCAUCUUACUUCCAUAAUAAAAAUUUGAAAUGAU